CGCCAAGUAUUUUCAUCAUGUCCAUUACGCUCAACCACUAGCAGCACUUUAUGUCAAAUUGUCACGCGAGCAAUGAGAUACCCUGCAGGAACAUUUUCUCUAACCAGCUGCCGAGUUUUGAACAUCGACGGGUGCGCGAAUACUUUCCCGUCACCGGACUGGCUUGCUGCCCUAUUAGAACGUCAAACACAGUCAAGUUCUCUUGACGACGGAGCAAGAGCACUAUCCCUCUCGGGCAGUUGCAAGAUCAAUUACAUCAAACUAUCUUGCACUCAUCCUACAUGCGGAUCUAAUGGACGUCUACAAGGUUACCUAAGCUCAACUCAAUGCCACAACGUCGCAAACUGCAUCAGUGACAGCGAAACUCGAAAGCUUUUUUCUACUGUCAAUCUAUGUGACGAUUUGGGGACGCUAAAGCAUUCGAGCGUUUGUGCUGGAGAAACCGAAUCGUGCACGUCGGGAGCUGCUAGCACUACUUACUACGUUGGGAUUUCUAUUGCAUGGUCGAUGUUGGCUCUCAUCAAGAACUGCUUGUAAGUCCAACAAAGAGAUAUUCAACAGUGAGUUAUUCACAGACAUCUAUCUAACUCAUAUUGCAUUGCGACUUACAUUAAUUUCUUUGAUUUUUUGCUGUUAGAGUGUGGCUGAGUGCG